CACUCUCCAUUCGCUCUCUCUGUCAGUGAUUUUGAAAGCAGACAAUUUCCAAUGUUCUCUCACUCAGACAACACAAGUGUGUAAGAAUAUGAACAACUAAAGAACAGCUGAUUCUCAUGAAAGUUUUUUUCCGUCCGCCGAACCUAACUACCGACCCUACCUUUUGUACAACGUGUGUGUGUGUGUGUAUUUACAAUAACGACCGAGGGAUGCAGUAGACCAUAGCGUCAGCAACUCGGAGCACUAUUAUUUAUUUGUUAUUUUGUAUGAUUUAUAUAUUGUUUUCUCGCUCUUUCUGUCACUGUGUUGGAUAGAAUGGAGAAGCCACAUAUAUCAAGAGUGGCAUUAUUUCUACAGACUGUGCUGUGUGUUGUCUUUGAUUCGCAUUUUGGAUUACAUUCUGGAAGUGCAGUGUUUGGACAGCUCGUACCUCACAGGACGUCCAAUGAUAUAUUUAUGGACCCGUGUAAAGCUGCCGCCUUCUGGGGUGAUAUAGCAUUAUCGGAUGCGGAGUAUAAUAAGUUCAAGGACGUCAUCUGGAAGAUGAAACACCGGAACAACAGUAUGUACGAGCUGCAGGUGGAGGACCCGGGGACUGGAUACAACCUCCCUAACUCCAAUUACAAGAAAAACAUUGUCUGUAGUUCGAAAACUUUAAAGGAUAAAAAAUACGUUAAAAAGAUUAUCAAGCAAAAAGUUCAAGAAAUUAGAAUGUGUAGAACGCGGAAAGAUAAAAGACUAUGUAGAAAAGAAAGACAACAGCUCAAAGAGGAAAUAAGUAAAUUACGAGUGAAAUGGAGGAAAUUGCGCGACGAGGUGCGCCAAUGUAGGGGGGCACUUAAGAAAAACAAAUAUUACAAGAAACGUAGAAAAGGAGAUAGAACGUUGUACAUUGAUUUAGAAUCCAUGUAUGAGGAAACAACUGACCAAUCAAAAGGCUCACCAAGUUAUGACGCCGGAAGGCGCAGGCGCGCUGCCACCGCAAAAGCUAACAGGUUGUGGGAAUAUGGCGUCAUUCCAUAUGAAAUCGAGGCUAAUUUUUCAGGUGCGAACAAGGCGUUGUUUAAACUAGCCAUGCGGCACUGGGAGAACUACACGUGUGUGACGUUCAUUGAGAAGAGGGACGAGGACGCCGACUACAUCAAGUUCACCGAGAGACACUGUGGGUGCUGUUCCUUUGUUGGUAAAAGAGGAAACGGACCCCAGGCAAUUUCUAUUGGCAAAAACUGCGACAAGUUUGGGAUCGUGGUUCAUGAGCUGGGUCACGUGAUUGGAUUUUGGCACGAGCACACGCGGCCCGACAGAGACGAGCACGUGCAAAUUAUUUAUAAAAAUAUAAUGCCGGGGCAGGAAUAUAAUUUCAACAAACUGACGGCGAAUGAAGUUAAUUCACUGGGAGAAGAGUACGACUACGGCAGCAUCAUGCACUACGCCCGCAACACGUUUGCGAGAAACACCUACCUCGACACCAUUUUGCCUCGGAGAAAAUCGGGUGUUCUCGUCAGGCCGGAAAUAGGACAACGUGUUCGUCUAAGUCCGGGAGACAUACGACAAGCCAACAAGUUAUACACGUGUCCAAAAUGUGGCAGAACUCUGCAGGAAUCUACAGAUAUAUUUUCCCACAAGCCGACGGAAAACCAACGCAGCACGUGCCAUUGGAGAAUAUCUGCCACCCACGGGGAGAAGAUUGUUUUAAACAUCACCCAACUGGAUAUCCCCGAAUCGUCAAACUGCGCAUCUGACUAUUUAGAGGUGCGAGACGGAUAUUACAUUAAAUCACCUUUACUUGGUCGAUUCUGUGGCAUCGAGAUUCCAGAAACGUUAAUAUCCAGUGAUACCCGGAUGUGGAUAGAGUUCAAAAGUCAGAAAGGAGAAGGAAAAGGAUUCACUGCUGAAUAUGAAGCAAUCUGUGGCGGUGAAAUCAUGAAGAAUCAAGGUCAUCUGACGAGUCCUAACUACCCGGAUGAUUAUCGACCCAGCAAGGAGUGUGUUUGGAAGAUAACAGUUCCAGAGACAUUCUCGGUGGCUCUCAAAUUCCAGUCAUUUGAGAUUGAGAACCACGACGACUGUGUGUACGACUACCUGGAAGUGCGGGACGGCCACGAAGAGACGUCCCUGCUGAUCGGCAAGUACUGCGGCUACAAAAUACCCGAGGACAUCAAGUCGACUGGAAACAAACUCUACGUCAAGUUCGUCUCCGAUGGGUCGGUGCAAAAAGCUGGCUUCGCAGCAACAUUUGUAAAAGAAUACGACGAGUGUACGACCGACAUCCACGGUUGCGACCACGUGUGCGUGAAUACGUUGGGUAGUUUCAAGUGCAAGUGUCGCAUCGGGUAUGAACUCCACUCGGAUGGCAAGAGAUGUGAAGAUGCCUGUGGUGGAUAUAUUGAAGAAGAAACCGGUUCAAUCCAGAGCCCGUCUUUCCCCGAGUUGUACCCACCAAACAAGAACUGUGUGUGGCAGAUUGUCGCCCCUGAACAGUACAGAAUUACACUCAACUUUUCACACUUCGAUAUGGAAGGAAACAACCGAGACUGUGAAUACGACUCAGUCAGAAUAAGCAGUGGUACGGGAACAGAUGCCAAGCUGCAUGGUUUGUUCUGUGGGUCAACACUUCCCAUGCCUGUGACGUCACUGGGGAGCACUCUCAGGAUUGAGUUCAACUCUGACAACUCGGUCCAGAAAACUGGCUUUAAAGGCCAUUUUAAUACAGACAAAGACGAAUGUGCUAUAGACAAUGGAGGAUGUCAACACAUCUGCAAAAACACCGUGGGAUCGUACAAGUGCGCAUGUCACAAUGGUUACACUCUACAUGAGAAUCAACACGACUGCAAGGAAGGUGGGUGUCAACACGAAAUAUCAGAUCCAUACGGUGAACUCAGCAGCCCCAACUGGCCCAACUUCUACCCGAGUCGCAAGGACUGCGUGUGGCACUUCACCACCAAGGAGGGCCACCGCAUCAAGCUGGCCUUCCACGACUUCGAACUGGAGCCGCACCAGGAGUGCACCUACGACCACAUCAUCGUGUUCGAUGGCGACGACUCGAACGCGAGGAGUCUGGGUCGGUUCUGUGGCAGCAAGAAGCCGAUGCCCAUCACGUCGAGUGGAAACAGGAUGUACAUGGUCUUCUACUCUGAUGCGUCUGUACAGAGGAAAGGUUUUCACGCGGAACACGAAUCAGUUUGUGGCGCAACUCUCAUAGCUUCUGCGACUGCGCAGAAAUUCUACUCGCACGCCAAAUAUGGUGACCACAAUUAUGACAACCGAGUGGAUUGUCAGUGGAGGAUCCAGGUGAAGAGUGGAUUCCGGAUUAGACUGAGGUUCCAGGCAUUCCAGGUAGAGGACGAGACAGACUGUGGGUACGACUCGGUCCAAGUGUUUGAUGGUUACGACGAUUCGAGUGUACAGAUUGGAAAAUACUGUGGAUCUUUGAUUCCUGAAGACAUUAUUUCAUCAGGAAGUGAACUGCUGGUCCGCUUCAAGUCAGAUGAUACACUGAACACCAAAGGAUUUUAUGCAUCAUAUGUGAUGGCUGACCCAGAGUCUCACAACUUUGAAUCUGGCAAGGAAGUAGACUUGGAAACGAACUUUGAUUAACAGCAGACUUGGAGGUGCGAUGGGAAUAUGUUUUGGUUUUACCAUCAAAGACCAGAUUCUUAAGCUCAUGCUACCUACUAAUGGUAGCUUAUUUUAAAACAUGAAACCACUGCCAUUGUGAUGUGUAACUGUGAUUUACAAAGCCACACGCAAACUGACGAGGCAAUGGCGUUAGCAGUUUCUGUGUUUCUUAGUAUUUAGAUAUUCGACAAUACAUUAUGAAGAGUAUGAUACAAUAUAAAGAGCAUGAUAAAAUGUCUUUAGUGAUGAUACUAAGGCAUGGUCAAAUGACAUAGAUGUCAUCUGCUGAGUGAGGGGGAUCAAGUGUAACUACAGUAUUUAUGCAUGACUAAACAUAAUUUAUAUGUGUGAAAAGCAAAACGUAAGAGUUGUUCACUGAACUGCUGUCUCUUGAUAGCUCUGUUUGAUACUUAGACUAAGCUAUGAGAAUGACUACUAGUGUUUGUUGAUAAUGGAGAUAAUGAACGAAGAACCAUUUGUUGCAAAUCUUGUCAACUGUGUUUUUUAUAUCCUGUUUGACACAGGUUUUUUGUAUAGUCAUAUUACAAUGUUGAAUAAGAUUAUUAAAAAAAUGAAAUUAACUAAAUACGAAAAACUUAAUUUAGUAGUUAACGAAUAUGGUGUCACGAGAUAUCCCAAAAAACCCAGGACUGUUCUCUAUACACCUUUUAACACAAUCUGAUUUAAGUGCAUUCGUGUUCGUUUUUAUAGUACAAUGAAUCAAUGUAUAAUCUUGGAUUUGCUAUGGUAUAAUACAAAUGUGUAAAGACGUUCAUAGCCUUCCCCUUGUUACCCCCAUUGAGCCCAUAUUACUGCUUUAUACAGCAGAAUGAGGGUUUCUGCAACAUAGAUAAAUAUUUUUCACUUGACAAAACAGAAAAAUUACUUUGGUGUUAUUUUGGUCAUUAAGUCAAAGUCGUAGAUGGGAUAAUUAAUGUCUGCACAAUCAGUGACACAUUUAAUAUGUUUAAAGAAAGAAGAGUCUGGUUGGUCUCGCCAAAGGGAGAAGAAAUAAUCAAAUAAUGCAGGUCUAGGUUGUUGUCAUAUGUUCUGUAAAAAACGUUUAAAUGUUGAGGGGUUAUGAAUAUGACAGGAGAUAACUUCGUCUCCCCGUGCCCAAUUUACCAUGGUAGCUAGCUGUGUGUAUUUUUGUACUUUCAUGUCAUUAUAAGAACAAAAUAAUUAACUUAGUCUAUACGUUCUUAUAGUUUUUCAUUGUUAGCUUAGUUCUCCAGAAAUAAAAUAAAACAUUUACUGUACAUAACUUUUUAUACCGCAAACCUGACCGAGACACACCAAACGUUGGUUCUUCUGCUUGGACUUUGUAUAGGAUACGUUAGUCCCAGGCCAGGCCAUUGGCCAUGCAAGAGAUCGGACCUCAGACAGACAUGCCUGAAACGUGUGGUAUAUGAGCACGGUAAUAGAGUUUUCAGUUGAUUUGUAUAGGACAGAAUAUAAUGGUAGAUUGUCCACGAAUGAACUGGUUCUGCAUGCCAUGAUAUCUGUAUAGAUUAGGGUCCCAGUUGCAAUGGGUGUCUGUCAGACUGUGUUCCCAUGAUGGACUUGCUUGGUUUCUAUUUCAGGAGUUGACAGUAGGGUAAAGUUUUGAAAACUGAAAAUAAGCACAGAUAUAAUCUAUUGGAACUAGCAGUCGCAUUUGCAGUAGAUCCAUUAACUUCCGGUCAAAGUUUAAAAGAUUCCAUAUGCAUUUUUGGAAGUUAUUGUUGUUUUUCAUUUGUUGUAAAUAUAUAAUGUUUUCUGUAUUAUUAGUAGAAGUACAAUAGUGAAUCCUUUUAUUUGAUCGUAUGACACAUGCAUUUAGCACGUUAAAAAUAAUUUUACUUGCUUGUUUUUUAUGAGGUUUUUAAAACAUUUAUUUUAAUACUGCUUUCUCUAGAAAUUAAUAAUUGGGCAGUUUACUUUUUGACAUACAACUGUACUGCAGUGAUUAUUUGUGUUACAUUAAUGCAAGGUAUUGAGAAACAUUCAAAGACAAUCACCAAUGCCGCUGAUAAAAAGAAUAUAUAUCUACCUGAAGACAAUCAUGAUAUUCUAAAACAUUACUAAUUUUUGCAUAUAAUAUCUAAAAAUCAAGAAUACCAUUUUCAUCGAACGAGUCCGUGCUUAUAAAAUUGUUAGAGUCUAAACUCAAAUAUUUAAUGACGUCACAUUCAUGCAAUUUGCAUGCGUUUAAUAUUAGGAUCUGUAAAAAAAACCCAAAAAAAACAAGAACAUUAUCUCAAAAACGAGGUAAAAGAAAAUAUAUUUCAGUUGUUGUUGAUGAUGUUUGUUUUUCAGCCCCGACUGCCAAUUAAAUAAAACAAAUAAUUAGUGAUUUGUCCUUACUUGUAUUUAAAUAAUAUUUGUUAUCAUAGUCACUGUUGUUCUAAAAGAAAACAAUGAAUAUGCUUGAACCCAACAGAUAAGUAAAAAUCGUCAAUACCAACAGUGGAUUUGACUGUGUUUCUCCAGCAUUUAAAACAAAACGGUUAUAAUGAAUACAUUUUAAAUAUUAAAAUCCUACCGACUGAUCAGCCAUCAUGAUAGUGGGUCGGAUAUUAGCAAAUAUGUUUCUAAGGAUAGUCUUUAGUUGUUGUUUUUUAUCUGACACAGUACAUCGAGUUUUAUCAGAUAGUAUAAUAGUACUGUUCGUAUUUAUAGUCACAUAUGGUGAGUCGAUUUUUGACUUAUCAUAUUUAGAUUACUGUUUUAUCCUUACCUAUAUAAAUAUAUAUAUAUAUAUAUAUACACACAGUAUUUUAGUGCAGUUGCAAUAAAAGAUUUUAAAUGCAAUAACUUGAAUAAAAUGUGGUUUUUUAUUGUUAAAAACUGUUGUAUUAGCAAGGAUGUUUUUUUAUAUAUAUAUAUAUCUAUUCGUCCAGAUGUGUGAAUACACAAUUAUGCAGUACGGGGUACAGUUAUGCGUUAAAAUCUACGAGACUUGUGCUUGUUCGUUUAGAUUUCUCCUUCUCUGCAUAAUGUCCAAUAAAAACACGUUCUUAAAAUGUA